AUGGAAGAAGUGAAACUCCAUGGGAUGUGGGCAAGUCCUUUUAGUUAUAGGGUUAAAUGGGGUUUGGAGCUUAAGGGCAUUCCUUACGAAUAUGUAGAAGAAGAUUUUACCAACAAAACUCCAUUGUUACUUCAAUAUAAUCCUAUUCACAAGAAGGUUCCUGUGCUCGUUCAUGGCGGAAAACCAGUGUGCGAGUCUAUCGUCAUUCUCGAAUACAUGGAUGAAAUAUGGUCUCAAUAUCCUCUCUUUCUCAUCCAUUCGUUCGACAGAGCAAUGACUCGCUUUUGGAUUAAAUAUGCUGACAACGAGUUGUUUGGAGGUCGGAUUCUGUUCGGUUCCGGUAGUGGCGAAGAAGAGGAAAAAGCUAGGGCGGAGGGGAUCGAAUUCCUGAAAACAAUCGAAGAACAAUGCCUUGGCGACAAGAAAUUCUUCGCCGGAGAGGAGAUCGGCGCCCUGGAUUUGGCGUUCGCAGGAAUCGCGCACUGGCUACCAGUUGUUGAAGAAGUUUCAGGGACGAAGCUUCUGAACGCCGAUGAAUUCCCUCGCUUGUACGCUUGGACACAAAACUUGAAGCACGUUACUGUGAUCAGAAAUAACCUGCCGGACGCCGACAAGUUGGCCGGACUUUACAACCGCCUGCGCGACCAGCGGUUGCGAUCUGUGGCAGAGUAAACGGUUUUGAAGGAUGUGUGAUGUGAUUUGUUUCUUAAUUCUAUUUUAAAGAAAUAUCGAUAUAACUACAAAAAUAAAAAUAAAAAA